AUGUUUCUUCUUGAACAAGUAUCAUUAGACUCAAAAAAUAAUUUUUAUAGAACCUUCAUUGAUAUUAUCGCAUCAAUAAGUAAAUAUGAAGAUUACAAAAGCUUUAGGCAAUCUGCAGGUCCAGUUAAAUCUGAAAAUCCUACAAACUCAAAUGAAAAUGCUCCUCCAAAUUCUUCAAAUGAAUUUAAUUUAAUUAAUGGUGACAAAAACCACGACGACGCAAUUACCACCCGCAUUAUCAAAAACAAUAUAAGCUUGGUUUGUUCCUACGAUGUAUAUGAUUUGUUAAACGUGCUGUUUAAUGACUCAGUUUUGGAGUUGGGAUUCCUUAACUUUAACCGCAUUGAAAAUGUCAUCGCAAGACAAUCCAAGGGUAUAGUUGAGGAUUAUAAUGUGAGUAAAGUGAAUGAAGUCUUCGUGAUCCGUCCAACAUUUAGGGACUCACAGAAAUUGGCUUCGCUUCUGCAAACGAGACAUACAAAUGUUAUCAGAGUUGUUUGCCUUCCUGAGAUUUGUGAAAUGUACCCAGAGGUUUUGUCCCACCUCCUGGGUAAGAAUUUCACCGUUUGCAAGUAUGGUUCAAACACGCCUUAUACGACUAACUUAGUUGAAUUGUAUCAGUGUUCUAUACAUAUGGUUCCUGUAGAUGGCAUUUUAUCAAUGUUCAUGUCGAACUGCUUUACAGACUUUUAUCUAAACGGAGACCCGAGCACAGCAUGGUUCUUUGCCAAGGCACUUGAUUACUUACAGAGAAGACACCUAGGGGGUUCAAUAUUGAAUAUUACAGGCGUGGGAACGUUGUCGAAAUAUGUAGUUGAGCUUUUGUUGAAGAAUAGGAGGGACAUAGCUCCAAACAUGAUAGUUGAAGGCAUGGAUAAAAUACAAAAUGAAAAGUGUUUCAUCCCAAUAAAGCUACUUCAAAACUAUCACGAUAGUAUGUUAACUGAUAUUAACAACUUCAACAUCAUUUAUGAGUCUAAAAAGACCAACAAACUCAAGGAUUUGGACUCCAGGAUCCUACUUACCAACUCACCAUCUUUCAAAUCAUCGAUAAUAAUUGACAGGAAGGUAGACUUAAUAACACCAAUGUGUACAAAUUUCACAUACGAAGGCUUGCUAGACUCAGUUUUUGGCCUAAACUGUAACAUGCUGAAUGUGGACUCUCAAGCUCUUGACGGAAAGUUGGUAAACUCGUUGGACUUGAUAGUGGAUUUUCACAAAAAUAAACAGUUAAUGAAUUUUAACAAAAAGCAAGUUUCACUAAAAUCGCAAUUGUACGAGGAGAUAAGGUGGUUAGAUUUCUCAAAGGUAGGAUCAUACCUACACGAAAAAGCCUUGAGGGUUAAAAAAGGCUAUGAGGGAGGAGGCAUGCAAACAAUUGGGGAAAUGGGAGAAUUUGUAAAAAAAUUCAAGUCACUGCAACAAGAACAUGUUACGCUUUCAACACAUGUUAAUAUCAUGGGUUACUUGAACUCUUUUGUAAAGUCCGAGAGGUUUCAGCUGGUACAAAACAUUGAAGACUGUAUUUUACAAGGGAGCACUGACGGGAACAAAGACGAUUCGAAGUUGGCUAACUUUUCAAAAUUAUGGACCAAGAAGUCAGGAGAUCCAUUUAUAGCUCAAAUUUUGGAUCUAAUUUUCUGGAACAUAGAUGAAUCCACAAUAUUUAGGUUACUAAUUCUGUUAUCUCAGACCAUGGACGGUCUAAAGCAGUCAGACUUUGACACAAUCAAGAAGGCCAUAAUUUAUCAAUACGGGUUUCAGUACCUUAAAACAAUCCAGAACUUUACUAAAUCAGGGUUAAUUAAAAUUAACAAUGUGGUUGAAAGCUCGAGGUGGCAGAAGAUUUACGGGAAGUUUAACCUUUUAGUGGAUUCUGAACUUUCAAAGACAGAUUGCUCAGGUAUCUUCGGAGGCUAUGCACCUCUAAGCAUUAGAAUUGUUCAGUUGCUUAGCGUUUCUAACGACUCUGCUCCCUUAAGUACUGAGUUUGGGCUUCUAAAUUGUCAAAUAGUUUCAACUAAACAGAAACCAAUAACAUCUAGUUCCCAUUGUAACAUUAAUACCCCUUCAACAAAUAGUAGAAAAUCAUCGUUAAAUGAAAGUCAACCAAAUGAAUACAUCGAUGAUCCUAUUGAACACUGUUUGAUAUGUUAUAUUGGUGGAAUAACUAUCGGAGAAGUCGCCUCAGUCUCGCUAAUUAACUCCUUCAACAAGUCCAGCUUCGUUGUCCUUGCAACUGACAUCGUUAACUCCAUUAAACUAACUAACAUGUAAUAUAAUCUAUUUUAAACAGACAUUAAACAA